AUGAGACUCCGCCUCUCGCUUGGUCCGGAGUGUCCGUUUUCUAAAUUGGUCAAGGAACCCGUAGAUUAAGGCUGGUUCCGCCCUCCUCUAGGCAGCCACGAAUCAGAAUCGCCUUUUUAGUGGGCGUGUGACCACGUUAGUGUAUUCCAAUCAGAGCCCGUAUGUUAUCGCCUUGCUAGCACCCACCCUCGACGAUUAGCACAUUUGGCUUUCUGAAAGGCUUGUGUUUCAGUCAAUCAAGGACACGCCUCUCUUUUUUCCCCUCCCCAGUCACAUGAGAUUUUAUUUUGAUCGAUGAAACGAAGGUAGGGAAAUAAAGCUCUUAAGCCAAUAAUAUUGGCGCACAUUUUGACAGCCAGCUAACCUAACCAGUGAAAAAAGUUUUAUGAGCCUACACAGAGCUGUAGGCGGCGCUAAACCCAAUGCGCGCAAUCGGAAUCUCGGAGACUACAGUCGAUUGCCUCUCGCUCCAACGAAAUGUCAGUAGGGCGUGAAAGACGACCGGCUGGACCAAUCGCUGGACGCCAGGCGUUUCCAACAGCCCUCCCGCGGCUUAAGUGAGGGCGGAAGAUGGCGGCGGCCGGGACGGGUCCGGGGGAUCCCGACGGGGGGUCUGAGGGGUCAAACCGCGACCGGAGCGCCUUUGAGUGCAAUAUCUGCUUGGAGCCUGCAAGAGAAGCAGUCAUUGGCCUCUGCGGCCACCUAUACUGCUGGCCUUGCCUUCACCAGUGGCUAGAAACACGGCCCGAGCGGCAGGAGUGUCCCGUGUGCAAGGCAGGCAUCAGCCGCGACAAAGUCAUCCCCCUCUACGGUCGCGGGAGCUCAGCCCAGCAGGAUCCCAGGUUGAAGACUCCUCCCCGGCCACGGGGUCAGCGUCCAGAGCCCGAGUCCCAAGGGAGCGUGGGCGGUUUCCCUGAUGCAGCCACCGGCUUCCAUAUGGCGUUUGGGAUCGGUGCAUUCCCCUUUGGGUUUUUUGCUACCGGCUACAGCGGCCCCGGAGAAAGAGCAGAAGCGGACGCGAUGAGACCGUCGAGCUGGCAGGAUUCCUUGUUCCUCUUCAUCGCCAUCUUCUUUUUCUUCUGGCUGCUGAGCAUCUGACCGAGCCCUCCCGGACUUGCCCUACGCUAAAGACUUCAGAACUGGACAAGGAGGGCUUCGAUGGUUGGAGGGGGAAGGAGAUGUUGGGGAGGGGGCAGGGAAGGGAGUUUGUUUCCGGGCUGCUCGGGGCCGAGCAGGCAGGGGUCGUGAGGAUGUAAUUGAAGCAUGGUGAUUCUCUGUCAAAUUCCGCUGCCUCCCCCCACGUACACACAGAUGCGCGCGUGCAUCUUAUGCAGAAUUAAAGUAUGUAAUAGGACUACUUUGGAGAUUUUGCAGUAGGGAAGGGAUGGGGGGGGGGGAGUCCCAUGACUUAAUUGUGAUGGGGAAAUCUUGUAAUUCUCAAACAGUGGGUUUGUUAUUCCUUCCCCUCCUGCUUCCUCUGUGGGAAGGGGAGCUCAAUCCGAUAGAUUCGAGAGAGUGCGAGGGUGCGCAAUCAUCUGCCUCAUGGAGGACUGUCUUCCGGCACUUCAAAAUACUGUGUUGGCUCACCUACUGCUUGUGCCCCCGUAGGAUGGGGCGUGUGCCGUCUUGAUUUGUUGGCACUGUGGGCGAUUCAGAAUGGAGAACGUGCGAGAGACAAUGUGCAGGAGUCUUUCAUCUUGGCGUUUCUUGGUUGAGUUCCCCCAGCCCCUUGCUGUGGUUCGUGGCUUAUACGCCGUCCUUUGCUAGAGCAGGAAUCCAGAGUGACUUUGCCCUGUGUGUGAGUUGACACCAGGGUUUUCGUAGCAGGAACUCUUUUGCAUAUUAGGCCACACACCCCUGAUGUAGCCAAUUCUCCAAAAGCUUACAGGGCUCUUCUGGCCGGGCCUACUGUAAGCUCCAGGAGGAUUGGCUACAUCAGGGGUGUGUGGCCUAAUAUGCAAAGGAGUUCCUGCUAUGAAAAAAAGCCCUGGUUGACACUGUAACACGAGGGGCAAGGCAAGGAAAAGGGCAGGAAGGGAGCGUGUCACUUUUCUCGUCCUAAAAAGCACAAGUCCAAAGACCCAUGCAGGGGUGGGGAAGGAACACAAAGCCAGGAGAUGUCCAGGAACAGAGGAGAGCCAUUCUUGGAAGGACCCCUCCCCAACAUUAGCGCAUCCUGAUCCUGCCGUUCCAGCUGCCAGUCACUGGGCUGGGAUUUGAUUUGACAGGCCCAGUCGCCACCCUCCACGGGGCAGCAGAAGAGGCCCUCAGUCGGGUGGAAUCCUAGCAGGAGCUCCUUUGCAUAUUAAGCCACGCCCCCCCUGAUGUAGCCAAUCCUCCCAGAGUUUCCAAGGCUCUUUUUUGCAAGCUCUUGGAGGAUUGGCUACAUCAGGGGUGUGUGGCCCAAUACGCAAAGGAGCUCCUGCUAGGAUUCCACCCCCAGGCCUCCUCAUGGUUAGUUCCAUGGGAUGUAAGAAUCUGUCAUGCUUUUGCAAAGGCACCAGCUAGUCAAGCUACAGCAGUAAUUGAAGGACAAUUAGCCGUUUUCUGCAAAUUGGCAGGAGGGGAUUAUCAUGGCCAGGAGGGGACUUCCACUGUUUGGGGUCGUGGCAGGUUGGGGGAGAUCCUUGUCUUGAAUUAACAGUAUUUCGUGGUCCAGGAAUCUGUGAAAAUACAACUUUUUUCUUUUUGAGUGAAUGAGCAGAGACUUGGUGUAAAUUUAAAUGAUGCUGUAAUUAAAUUAACCCACGAUUCUUA